AUGCUGGCCAAAAACCUAUUGCGGCCCUCUGGGAGGUCGUUGCAGGCCGCAUUGUUCACCCGAUCAUUCGCAACACAGGCGCCGCCGCCCUCAGAACCUUCAACAACAAAAACGACGGUUGACAAGAAAGAGGGAAAGGCCGCAAAACCACCACCAUCCACCGCCACCACUAAACAACCUAAAGAAGGUGAACAAGAGAAGGAAGCAGAGCCGGUCAAGCCAUGGCCGCUACGAUUAGAUGACACCGGCGAGAAAUUUCGUCUCCCACGAAGCGUUCAAGCAUUAUACCUACGACCACUCAGAAGGACGGCAGAACACGGUCUUCCCGUUUGCGAUCUUCAGCUUCGGUCUUACAGUGUGCGCAACCUGGAAUUUUUUGCAGAUUUUGCUAUCCGGGCUGCAUAUUAUCUAAAACUUCCUGUCUCCGGCCCCGUUCCGCUCCCACGCAUUGUCGAACGUUGGACUGUGCCUCGCAGCAAUUUCAUUCACAAGAAAAGCCAGGAGAACUUUGAACGAAUUACAUUACGCCGGCUUAUACAGAUCAAGGAUGGCCAUCAAGAUAGUGUCCAGUUGUGGCUGGCAUUUCUCCGAAGGCACGCAUUUUACGGUGUGGGAAUGAAAGCCAAUGUUUGGGACUUUGAUGAUCUCGAUGUUGCUGGUGGUCUGGACGCCGCUGUCGAAGAUGUGAACAAGACGCUCGAACCAUACUUUGCGCAAUUUGGGCAGCGCAAGGGUGCUAAAGAAAGCCAAUCGGUCGGAAGCUAUCUCGACAGCGAACGGUUUGCGAAUCUUCAGAGUCCACUCAAUGAAGUUCCUGUGAAAGCUAACAGAAUUCUCCGGCAUCCCUUUCGACCGGUUUCCAAGCUUUCCGGAUCUUUCCUACCACACCGAAAUCUCCAGACAUCGGCCGCAGCCUCCUCGUCAUCACAACAACAGAUUAUUUUCUCCGGGAUACAACCAACGGGGAUUCCGCACCUAGGGAAUUAUUUGGGCGCUUUACGUGAAUGGGUCCGAUUACAAAAUGAGUCCACGGGGGAUAGGAAAUUGAUAUUCUCGGUUGUCGACCUACAUGCCUUGACGGUACCCCAAGAGGCUUCUCAGCUUCGCCAAUGGAGGAGGGAAAUAUUCGCGGUGCUUCUGGCAAUUGGACUAGAUCCGAAGCGCUCCACGUUAUUUUUUCAGUCUGCUGUCCCGGCGCAUGCAGAGCUGAUGUGGAUUUUGAGUACAGUAGCUUCUAUGGGCUAUCUCUCCCGUAUGACUCAAUGGAAAAGUAAACUACAGCUACCAGAGGACGUCAGUUUAGAUGAUACAAACGCGACGUCUAAGCUGAGAUUGGGUCUCUUUUCCUAUCCAGUUCUCCAAGCAGCAGACAUUCUAGUCCAUAGAGCAACUCAUGUCCCUGUUGGAGAUGAUCAAAAACAGCAUAUCGAGUUCACGCGAUACACCGCAAACAGCUUCAACCACCUUUUCGGGCCGAUAUUUCCGGCGCCCGAGGGUUUGAUUUCGCCUGCGAAGCGUGUCAUGUCCCUCAAGAGUCCUCUCCGCAAGAUGUCCAAAUCGGACGCUGACCCCAGAUCCAGAAUUCUCCUCACGGAUUCGGGCGAAGACAUACAUAAGAAGAUCAAACAGGCGCUGACGGACUCGGAACCGAACAUCACCUACGAUCCGGACAAUCGGCCGGGCGUUUCCAAUCUAAUCGAGAUCCUCGGCCAUUUUGAUUCGAGUGGGAAAACAUGUACCGAGUUGGCGGAUGAACUGAGAUCGACCAGCAUGAAGUCGUUAAAGUCAGUUGUUGCCACAACAAUCGACGCCCAUCUCCGGGACAUCCGCGAGCGGUACUUUGAGAUCAUCGGUAAAGAAGCUGGUUAUCUUGAAGGCGUGGCAGAAGAAGGCGCUCGCCAGGCACGCGCCAACGCGGACAUAACCAUGGGAGCGGUCCGCUCUGCCUUGGGUUUGUAA